UGUAGCCGACCUUGAUAUGUUGUUCCCCUCCGAUCCUGUAUAAAACUUCCAUCAAAUAGGUUCAUUCACCUUCUAUCGCCAACUUCACACCCAGAAACUAAAACCAAGCAAGAUGGUUGAUUCAAAAAAAAAACAUGGAACCUCGACUAGUGAGGAUCAUGGGGAGUCGUCUUUCCAUGACUUGGAAAAUGGGGCCUCCGAUACUUCCACACAGAAUUGCUGCAUCUACAGUGUUCCCAAGACACUCGUCGAGGUCAGCGGCAAGAAAUGGUUCGAGCCCCGCGUCGUCUCCAUCGGGCACUACAACUGCAAGAACGACGCGAAACAUAAACGCCUCCAAAUGAAACAAAAGCACAAGCAGGAGUUCUGUAGCAUUCUACAGUCCCGCGUCAAAACAAGCAUGGAAGAAUUGAUGGAAAUCAUACGCCGGCCAGUACUUGAAGCUGCUGAUGCCAGAUCAGCUCAUUACUCACAAAAGAUUAAGCUCAACUCCGCGACGAUCGAUCCGUUCCUCAGAAUGCUGGUUCUUGAUGGUUGUUUUAUAUUAGAAUUGUUUCGAGUACUUGGAAAAUCGAAAAAGAUCGAGUCUGAUCACCCUCUCGCCUCCGUGGCAUGGGCAAUACCACAGUUCUACGGGGAUCUUCUUCUGCUUGAGAAUCAGAUCCCCUUUGUUGUUCUGAAAAAGUUAUUUGAAACUUCCAAAAUGCCUGAUGAGGACUAUCCUUUGUCCUUGCUUGCUUUGAGAUUCUUUAACAAUGUAAUGCGCAGAUCCGAAGAAGAUCUCCAAGAGAUGAGCGAGAAAGUCGUGAUCAAUGACAGCUUGCAUUUGCUGAACUUGGUUCGGUUAAGUUUUAUCACCCGCGAUCUAGAUAAGCCACCGGCGACUGUGAAGAAAACAGAAACAGCACCGGCGAUAUACUGCAUCACGAAGCUCCUCAAAGCAGGCAUUAAGAUCAAACUGCGUGAGGAGGCCGACAACUUCUUGGCUGUGAAAUUCAACGAGGACAACGGAGUGAUUGAGAUGCCCAAAAUAACCCUCGAAUACUUCAUGCACUCUUUCUUGGUGAACUGUCGGGCAUUCGAGCAGUUGGACAACAAAAGCUCCAAGCACAUUACUGUUUACGCCUAUUUCUUGGACUGCUUAGUAAACACAGCCAAGGACGCAGAGUACCUUUCCGAACACAACAUCAUUGACAGUUAUGUUGGGAAGAACAGCGAGGUCGUGCAAUUCAUCAACAAGUUGGGGAAGGAGAUGGAUGUUGAAACCGAUCAGUUUUAUUUAUACGACUUUUUCAGAAAUGUGGACGAUCGUUAUAAUAAACGGCAAGAUGGCAAGAUGGCAAAAAAAGGGGAAAAAACUAAAAAAUCCUCGACUAGUGAGGAUCAUGGGGAGUCGUCUUUCCAUGACUUGGAAAAAGGCCGGGCCUCCGAUACUUCCACACAGAAUUGCUGCAUCUACAGUGUUCCCAAGGCACUCGUCGAGAUUAGCGGCAAGAAAUGGUUCGAGCCCCGCGUCGUCUCCAUCGGGCACUACAACUGCAAGAACGAUGCGAAACAUAAACGCCUCCAAGUGAUACAAAAGCACAAGCAGGAGUUCUGUAGCAUUCUACAGUCCCGCGUCAAAACAAGCAUGGAAGAAUUGAUGGAAAUCAUACGCCGGCCAGUACUUGAAGCUGCUGAUGCCAGAUCAGCUCAUUACUCACAAAAGAUUAAGCUCAACUCCACGACGAUCGAUCCGUUCCUCAGAAUGCUGGUUCUUGAUGGUUGUUUUAUAUUAGAAUUGUUUCGAGUACUUGGAAAAUCGAAAAAGAUCGAGUCUGAUCACCCUCUCGCCUCCGUGGCAUGGGCAAUACCACAGUUCUACGGGGAUCUUCUUCUGCUUGAGAAUCAGAUCCCCUUUGUUGUUCUGAAAAAGUUAUUUGAAACUUCCAAAAUGCCUGAUGAGGACUAUCCUUUGUCCUUGCUUGCUUUGAGAUUCUUUAACAAUGUAAUGCGCAGAUCCGAUGAAGAUGUCAAAGAGAUGAGCGAGAAAGUCGUGAUCAAUGACAGCUUGCAUUUGCUGAACUUGGUUCGGUUAAGUUUUAUCACCCACGAUCUAGAUAAGCCACCAGGGGAGAAAAAAACAGAACCAGUACCGGUGAUAUACUGCAUCACGAAGCUCCUCAAAGCAGGGAUUAAGAUCAAACUUCGUGAGCCGGCGGCCGACAGCUUCUUGGCUGUGAAAUUCAAGAACGGAGUGAUUGAGAUGCCCAAAAUAGCCGUCGACUACUUCAUGCACUCUUUCGUGGUGAACUGUCGGGCAUUCGAGCAGUUGGACAACGAAAGCUCCAAGCACAUCACAGUUUACGCCUAUUUCUUGGACUGCUUAGUAAACACAGCCAAGGACGCAGAGUACCUUUACGAACACAACAUCAUUGACAGUUAUGUUGGGAAGAACAGCGAGGUCGUGCAAUUCAUCAACAAGUUGGGGAAGGAGAUGGAUGUUGAAACCGAUCAAUUUUAUUUAUACGACUUUUUCAGAAAAGUGGACGAUCGUUAUAAUAACCCGUGGAAAAAGCGCUGGACGGAGUUCAAGCAUAGGUACUUCAAUACGCCAUGGUCAUUCAUUUCGGCAUUGGCAGCCCUUGUGCUGUUAGUGUUAACCAUUUUGCAGACCUACUACACCAUGUACGCUUAUUAUCAUCCUAAAUAAUGGGCCGGCCUUCUCCUACCCGAUCCGUCUGUUACGUGCAUGCAGUGCAUGUCUUCCAUGAACAGCUACAAAGGUGUCCGUAUGGGAAGCUAGAUAAUGCUCAAGUUCUGGCACUCGUAAUCAGGCCGGUAGGAGUAUGUGUGUUUGUCUUUCCAUUGAUCAAGUCUUUAUGUGUAAGCCUUUCGUUAUUUCACUACAAGAAAAAUGGCUUUUGUGGCUAUUUAAUUGCGACGAAAA